AACGCUUCUCCUAUCCUCUCCUCCUUUCCUCCUCCUCCCACCUCCGCGCGACACGCCCUUUAUAUACGCCACCUCCCUCCUCUGCGACGCCUCCCCCUUUCAUCAGGUCGUCAUCGAAGCACCAGUAGCAAGAACACCCCGGCUUUGAGAUCGGCGAUCGCGUGCAGUUUCUUGGAGUACAGCAUUGAUCGAAACAGGGUGAGAAUCGAGGAUGCAGUCGCAGCCGCAGUACCGGUCCUCCUACUACGCCGUGCUAGGCGUCCACCCCCGCGCGUCUGCCGCCGAGAUACGCGCCGCGUACCACCGCCUCGCCAUGAGGUGGCACCCGGACAAGAUCGCCAAUGGCCGUGCGGAUCCGGCGCGCGCGGAGGAGGCCAAGGCCAGGUUCCAGCAGAUACACGAGGCGUACAAGGUGUUGUCGGACGAGAAGAGGAGGGCGCUCUACGACGCCGGGAUGUACGAUCCCCUCAACGACGACCAAGAGGAGGUCGAGGGUUUCCACGAUUUCCUUCAGGAGAUGCUCUCGCUAAUGGCCACAGUUGGCCGAGAGGAGCCCGUGUAUUCCCUGGGCGAACUCCAGUGCAUGCUCAACGGGAUGAUGCAGGAUUUCUCCUCGCCCCAACCACCACCACCGCCAAGCAGCUUCUUCACCAGCACUGCUCCGUCGACGCGGUCCAGCGGUGGGCAGCAGCAGCGUCGAUCAUCCUCGAGCGUGCUGCCCCAGGGAUUCAGCAGCUCGGCGUGCUUCACCCGGACGGCUUUCUCUGGCUGCUAAGCAC